GACCUAUAAACACUUUAAACUAUAGAUGAACUAUAUAUACGAAGAUGUACAAAAGCAAGUGUUCAAAGUACGUGUGCUAGAUAAUACAAAAUAACACGUGAUACGACUGUAACUCAAAACACCCAACACAUAAAUAUAAUAUUAGACUUUAUCUCUUAUGUUGCAUAUGAUGAGCAACAGAAAUACACGAAAGGCUGCAGUUAUGCGCCGACUCAAGCACAGACUUGAAAUUCAGUCUCAAUCACUGGCGGAGCAGUUUGAUUUCCGGAUGAUGGUGGAGUUCUCAUUUAAAGAUGAAAAGAAACCAGCUGUUCUGUAUGAAGCUUCACAAGUUUUUCCAGUGAUGACAAAUAAUUUCGAGUCGAACGUUAUGGAAGGAGCAAAAAAAAGCCUUUACUCACUACAAAGCGGGGAGGAUCUGCUGAAGAUGGACGUUGUGCAGUUACAUGCAUCUCACUUUUACUCUGUUAAUCCCUCGAACGCUACAUCCAGCCACACACCCCAUGCAACUGAUCUACUAAUAGGUUUGGAUAGCGAUAUUGAUCGCAUGCAAUGCUCUCUUUACUCUCGUUGGAAAGGGGACAAGGACUCCUCAUACAAACGUAUACAACAAAAAUUCCAGUUCCAAUCAAUGGCUUACAAUGGUCAGUUGCAACAGAUAAAAGCAAGCCAAAAACCUGAUGCUGUGCUCAGCAAUCCUGAGCAAACCCUUUUCAUCUACAUUCGGAAACAGAUUGGCACAAACAAGUAUUCACCUAUGUACAAGCUGUCUGGGUUGUGUCUGUUCCUACCCCAGUCAAACCUGUUAAACUGGGAUGGAUUCACAUCAGACAACCUUUCUUUGUUUCAGCAGCAAAGUUAACAGGGUAAACGAAGAAGUUAAAAGAGUUAUCCAAUUAAAACACACCUUGUGUUGUUGUAUAUAAACUGAUUUAUUGUACAGGUAAUAGUUACAGUUGUGUUAAAUCUAAAGAAUAAAUUGUCACUCUACCAAAAAA